ACUCACUCACCCCCCCCUAAGGUGCUGGAUGUAUAACUGAAGCUCUAUCGCUAAAAAAGCCUCUCAUUGUCGUGGUAAAUGAAGCACUCAUGAACAACCAUCAGACUGAGCUGGCGAAAAAGAUGGCAGACGAAGGCUGCUGUCUCUUCACUACCUGCAGUAAUCUACUGCCUACAUUGCAUCAGUUCGAUCCGGAGAAACUCACACCAUAUAAAGCAGGGGAUCCAAAACUCUUUGGACAUUUUAUGGACAAAGUUAUGGGUUUUUCGGAAAAGUCAGACUAGGUGUUUGUAUGUAUUUUCCACAUAAUUUUACACAUGAUUGUAAGGUGCAUGCAUUGCCAAGAUACCGGGC